AUGUUUCCAUUUGGUGUGACGGUCUCAAUUGUUUUAGAUAUCUUUGCGAAUAUACUCUCGAAAAUUCAAAACCCAGAAGAGUUCCAGGACAUCGCUUUGGAGAUGGUCCAAACGGCUUGGAGCACGCAUAUAUUCGGCAAGUUAGUUAAAAGAAUAGAUUGUGGUGAAAUUGCAAUCAUUGGAGGUAUCACAAUCGCAUCAAUUGGAAUUUCAGUCUUCUUCCCACCAGCAGCGCCUUAUGUUCUUGUAGGAGCUGGUGUAAUGCUUGAAGGAGGGUUGGAAGUGUAUCAACAACUAAAAAUGGAGAUGACAUCAAUUGGACUGCAGUACUUAUUAAAUCUGGUGCUGGUGCUAUAA